UUAUUUUGUCCACAUGGAAGUGGGAGAAAAUGACCACUCUAGAUCUCAUCAACAUAUUCACACCCAUCUUUCCUUUUCAUUUUAGUAUACUUUUGCUCCUCUCCCCCCAAGAUUUGACCCAUAUAUCCCACAUCCCCCCUCUCUCUCUCUUACGCCAUAUGAUAAAAAAGGGUUGCCACAGCUUCUCAUUCUUCCUAAGCUGAUUUCAGCUUUGGCUUCAUAUACUACAUCCAUAGCCAUAGGCCAGGCCACACCCCCCACAUUGCUAUAGAGAGAGCCAAAGGACAAAAGUUUCUCUUGUUAUAUGAGGAAACCCAAAAAAACAUUAAUGCUUCUUGGUUUUGCAGAACUUCCCUGCAGAUAUAUGUGUUGAUAGUCCUUUGAAGGUGGGGCAAGUGGUAAGUUGUGGGUCUUGGGUCCCCUCCCUCCCUACCCUCUCUUUUUCCUUGCUACCUUUUUGGUUUUGCAGAAGAUAUAUUGUCUGCAUACUUCUGUAAAACCCCAAUACAAGUAUACAACAACUUCUCAUGGAUAGUGAUAUCUCUUGGGAUACUGUACUUUCUUCUUCCUCUCUUUAAAUCUGUUCAUUCCACUAUUUUCUCUUGUUCUGAAAAUUCUCUGAAACUCCAACCCCAAAGAAAAAACCAAAAGUAACUCUAAAAGGAAAAACCACUGAGCUUUUUUCUGCAGACUGAUUAUAUGGUCUAUGCCCAACAGGAGUACUGCUGUCAUUGUACGAUUAUAUGCUCUUAAUAUUCUGAAACCCAUAUUAUGCCUGGAGUGCUGCUGCUUCCUCAUUCAUUCUUGGAGAUGGGAUAUUAAGGGAAGCUUAAUUAGCAAGUGAUAUAUCAGAGCUUUUUUGCUUUGUGGAGGCCGUGAAAAAUGUCUGCAAGGCUUUUGCGUUCCUUAACGGAUGAAAACCAAGAUCUGCAGAAGCAGAUUGGGUGCAUGAAUGGCAUUUUUCAGCUCUUUGACCGCCACCAUUUCCUCAAUGGCCGACGUACGAACAGCCACAGCCACAAGAGACUUCCUGCAGGUCAAAAUGGCAACCGCGCGACGCAGCUGGAUGGUGCAGUACAGAGAGCUACAGAAAAAGAUCGGAAGAAGUCUGUGAAAGAGAAAGAGAGAGUCUCGAAAGAAUCAUCCAAAACCUCUUUUUCAUCUUCCUCAUGUUCAUCUAGCUUCUCCUCUAUAGAUCAGUAUAACAGAACAGCUCAAUCUGAGGCAUCUUCGUUUAAUCAACCCAUUUUCCCUGAAACUCCCACUCGCCCCAUGAACAAACCAAAUAAUGCUCCUUUGCAGUUAAGCCAGCGAUCCCCUGAUAUCCGAUAUGUUGUUAAAGACUCCAUCUACAGAGAUGCCCGUGCAUUAUCAGUAAAAACUGCUGGUAAAGAGGAAGCAGUGGUGAGUCGUACCUUGGUAUACAUAGAUUCCCCGAGGCCUUUGCAGCCACCCAAACCUGUCAAGCCCAGAGCUUCCGGUCUCGAUGAUUCAUUUCGCAUUCUUGCUAAACCUAGGAAUUACCAGGAAGAGAAGGAUGGCCGUAUGCGUUCGUCACUGAAGGAUGCUCCCCGGCUCUCUUACGAUGGAAGGCUAUCGCAAGAUGCUUGCAAAUCCACCAUAAAGCUCAAAGAACUCCCAAGGCUAUCAUUGGACAGCAGAGGCGGCUCCAUAGGGGGUUCUGCCUCUGAAACAAAAUCAAGUUUUCUUGUGAAGGAUCUGCAGAGAAGGAAUGGGAACUCCAGCAAGAUGCUUAGCCAGCAGCAAGAACCAGAAAGCACCCCACGACCUUCCAGCGUUGUCGCAAAGUUGAUGGGAUUGGAAGCUUUCCCACAGUCAACAUCGCCAAGUGAGAAUCCAUCAGGGAUUAUUAGUAGCUGCCGAACAGAAAAAUCUUUUUCCUUCUCAAAAGCAUCAAAAACUGAUGGAAACAAGCAAAAUCAAAUUUCUGGUUUCCCAAGGAAUUCACACAAGGACCCCACCUUAGACAGGUUGAAAAAUGUUGAAUCAGUUAUGAGGCCCACCUCAGCUUCAAGGUUUCCGACAGAGCUAGCUCCGUGGAGGCAGCCAGAUGGAAGCAGAGGUUCUCAACAAACAGCUUUCAAGUAUGAGGAAGGUACCCCAAAAGCCUCAAACUCCUCCCUCUCUGUUUAUGGUGAAAUCGAACAAAGGUUGGCCAAACUUGAGUUCAAAAAAUCUGGAAGGGAUCUCAGAGCUCUUAAACAGAUACUUGAAGCAAUGCAGAAGACAAAAGAAGCAUUAGAUACCAAAAGAGAACAGGCUCCCAAUUUUGGGUCUCAAACAAGUAACAGUAGCAGUUCUCAUCAAAACUCAAAUUUAGCAAGCCCAAGAAAGCUACAAAAUAAGGACCCAAUUUCUUCCACAGUCAAGGGGUCUCAUUCUCCAAAGAGUUACAAAUCCCCAGCAGUCAUCAUGAAACCAGUUAACCUUAUCAGAAGAACAUGUGAUCAUGCUUCGAACAUAAUUCCAGCUGAAAGUAUGUCAGGUCUCUGCAAGCCUGGCGACACUGCAGACUGGAGAAAGGUUGGCAUGCGAACAGCUAAAGAUCUAACUCCAAGAAGCAAUCAUCUAAAAGACCAUUUCAGUCCACUGUCUUGUUCCACAGAUAAGAGAACACAUGCAAGAACUUCAAAAUCAACAUCAGCCUUAAAGGUGCCUGGACACAUCAUUGGAGAAAAAUAUACAAGUUCAGUUACCGUGAGCCCGAGACUGCAACAAAGGAAUUUUAGAUUGCAGCAGCAGUCACCUCACACCAUCUCGUCAUCAGAUUCAAGCAAGACCAUUAGCCAAUGUACUAGACAACCAACAGGUAGAAAAAUCAGACUAAAAUCUCACAGUUUGCAGCAAUGCAAUGACCAAUUGAGAAAGACCAGCAGUGACAUGAGAGAUUUAAGUCACCAAGGUGACACCAUUUCUCUGCAAUCUGAGAGCAGCAUUAGCUCGAGCUCUCAUAUUGGCACAGAAGUUACAAGCACCAAUCAAUCUGAUAAGAUCAAUACCACCUUCUUCCAGCAGUAUUGCCAGAAACAAGAGAAUCCAGAAGGGUUCGGCAAAGACAGGUCAAUGCUAGAACCUGCAAUAGCUACGUUGGAACAACCAAGUCCUGUAUCUGUUCUUGAUGCUACAUUUUACAGAGAUGAGUCGCCAUCUCCUGUGAAGAAGAUAUCAAAUGCCUUUCAAGAUUAUGAGCCUGAUGAAGGGGAAUGGAAUCCAAGAGAUCUAGCUCAAUUGCAGAAGACCAGACAACCAAGAUUCAGUGCUGACAUUGAUGAUAAGAAACUAGAAAGCACCCAGCAUUUAGUACAGAAUCUUCAACAAAUAAACUGUACUGAAGAGGACCCCAUCAUCAAUUACAUUGCACCCCUCCAAGAGGGCACAAAUUCAGACCACAGGUACAUUUCAGAAAUAUUGUUAGCAUCAGGUCUCCUCAGAGAUCUUGAUUCUGGCACCAUGACCGUUCAGCUCCAAGUGUCAGGCUACCCCAUUAAUUAUAACGUGUUGCUUGCAUUGGAACAAACUAAGGCAAGUGCAGGGCUCUUAAAUGAUAAACAAAGUGACAAAAGGAUUAUCAAGUCGGAACCUGCUGAGAAAAUUCAAAGACUACUGAUAUUCGAUAUUGUUAAUGAAAUUCUAGAUCGUAAGUUACAGCUGGAAGGUCCUCCCCAGCAGUGGUUCUCACCAAAUAAGCUACCAGGAAGAAAAACAAGAGGGCAGCAGCUUCUGGAAGAGCUGUGUUCAGAGGUGGAUCAGCUACAGAACAUCAUAUGGGAAGAUUUAAUGCAUCAAUCAAUGGAUUGGACAGAUUGCCACAGCGAAAUUCCCGGGGUAGUGUUGGAUGUUGAGCGGUUGAUCUUUAAAGACCUAAUAACUGAAGUUGUGCACAGUGAGAGAAUAGGUCGGCAAGGCCGACCUGGUAGGCUUUGCAGGAAGCUGCUUUCCAUGUAGGGGGUUUUGGUAACAUAGUUUUAGAUGAGAUUCAGUCUUCUUAUUGUUUUUAGAUGGGUUGGUGUACUCUUCAUAAAAUCCCAAUAAUACUUGAGUAAGAAUGUAGCUCUUUGCUAGCCUGUAAAUCUUCAUUUGAGGCUUAUAACAUACUUGUAAAUUAUAGUCAAUGUAUAUAUGAUCCAUCUGUUUAACUGAAA